AUGGAAUUUAUCGACAAAGUCAGACCAGCAGAAAGAUUGACCUUCACUGAAAGAGUAGAGGAAUACACUCAGAAACUGCAAGAGGAGCAUCAAGCUAAUAAUAAUCAUAUAAGUUUUGAAAAAUCUAUUGUCUUAGAGGAUCAACAAGCUUAGCAAAUAUUAGACUCACUAAGGAUAGCAUUUCAAAAAGGCAGAGUAAACGAGAAGACUCUAGAUUUAAUUAUGGGAUUACAUGUUGGUUUAGUUACGACUUUGGCCUAGAGAUAUUUAAAUAGCAUAGAGAAAGAGAUACUUGAGAAAUUAUUCCAAGAUAAUCUAAGAUUCCUUUAUUGUUACUUAAUGAAUACAGCCGAUGAAUCAUGGGCAAGUCACUCUGAAGAAGUUUUAAGAAUGCUCUAUGUACGAAGAUAGUAUAAAAAUGAGGGUGGUUUUAGAAUUUUUGAAGAAAAUGUUAAAGAACAGAUGAGAAUAUUAUAUCCUGCUAUUAAAAAACAACCUAAGGUUAAGCUUCUAUCUAUAGAAGAAAGAAGAGCACAAGGAAAAUAGAUAAUGGAGAUGAUUAAAAACACAAAUUGUAUUCCCUAAAAAGAAGGUGAGAAGUAUCAUGUGAUUUCUCUGGACUGGUUCAAAGCUUGGCAAUAAUACACUUUUUGUGAUGAGAAUGCUCCUAAAUUUGAAGAUGAAUUGGUUGAAUCUUCUUAAAAGCUUGAUGAAACAGAGAUUGAUCAAUUGCAAGCUGAUUUGUCAGAUAUCAAGUUGGCUCUUGUAAAUGAAUAAUAAAAUGAGGAAUUAGUCAUUGAUAAUGAAAAUAUAGACGAUCAAAAUAAGGAUAAUGUUUUAACUUAUUGA